UCCGUCCACCAUGGACUGUGAACGUUGACCUGUUGACCAUAUCUUUUCCUAAUAAUCAUGCAUGUCAUGGUCUAUGGAAAGUCAAUUCUUCGUCCAGUUGUCAUUUUUAAGAAGUUGAACAGUUUAACACUAACAGGAAGAAUGUCUACUGUGACAUCAACAAAAAAGGGUAGAUUUGAUGGCAAAGUUGCUAUUGUCACUGGAUCCACUGAAGGCAUUGGUUUGGCUGUUGCGAGGCGUCUUGCACAAGAUGGUGCCAAGGUGAUGAUCUGUAGUCGGAAGGAGAAGAAGGUUGAAGCUGCUGUCAAACAACUUGUGGCUGAGAACCUGCUAGUGAGAGGUGUACCAUGCCAGGCUGCACUGAAAGAAGACCGGGAAAACCUAGUGGCUGAGACUCUAAAACAUUUCGGUGGCAUUGAUUUCCUCGUGAAUAGCGUUGGUGCUAGUCCCUACUUUGGAACAAUUAUGAACACUCCGGAGAAGGCUUAUGACCAGUUAUUUGAUUUGAAUGUUAAGGCUGGCUUUUUCAUGUCUCAAGCAGUGCUACCUCACAUGGAGAAAAGAGGCGGAGGCAGUAUUGUAUUUAAUUCAUCUAUAACUGCGUAUUCUCCAAUGGAGUUAAUUGGUGUUUACUCAGUAUGCAAGACCACUUUGCUUGGGAUGGCCAAGGCAAUGGCUCCUGAGCUAGGGAGGUCCAAUGUCAGGGUUAACUGUGUUGCACCAGGGAUAAUAGGGACAAAAUUCAGCAAGGCCUUGAUUGAAAAUGAAGAAUUGCAGCAGGAAACAAUGAAGACUUUGGCACUUAAAAGAGUGGGUACUCCUGAAGACAUAGCAGGUGUUGUUGCAUUCCUAUGUUCUGAUGAUGCUGCGUACAUAACUGGUGAAACAGUAACUGUGGCUGGUGGAAUGCACUCCCAUCUUUAAAUGCCUACUCCACUCUUCAGAAAAUUGUAAUUAAAUUUGAAAUUUCCAAUUUGUGUAAAUAAGUACGGAUUUCAACUACAUGUAUGCCAUUUUCUAGACUAAUAAACAGAUACAUAAAUGUAGAUGUACCGGUACCUUGUUCAUUUCUUUUUACUCCAUGUGAAGCUGG